UAAUUGAUGGUAUAAUUUUUUCAUGAAACGUAAAUUUUCACGAGUUCAUUAAGCAGACCAAAGCAAAUACAGCUAGACCAACCAGACUCACCCUCAUAAUCAACACAUGGGCGUCACACACAGUAAAUGACUUCCACAGAACUGAGGAGUGAACUUUGAAACUCUGAAAAACAGACUUCAUUGUGUGUGUUGGAUGGAAUUAACUUAUUUGAGAAAACAGUUAAGCGGAUACAUGCGACAUAAAGUAAAGAGCGGCUCGCAGGCUGGAGGAAUGAAGCAUGGCAGUCAGCUCUGUGACAGCAUAUGUGGAUCCAGAAAGUCCUUCUGUGAUGGGACUUGUGCUGUUGGGACGAAGGCAUUCUGGUAAGAGCUCAGUAGGAGACCUCAUCCUAGGCCGCAGUGAGUUUGAGCCUGGCAAGAAGACUGUCCGCUGUGUGAGGAGGUUCGGCUGGGUGGACGGCCUGCGGCUGGCUGUGGUGGAUACUCCAGGCUGGAGUCUCUUCGGCUUGGCGGACGGCAGGCAGGUGAAACAGGAGAUCCAGCGCAGUGUGAUGCUGGCUCCUCCUGGACGCCUGCUGUUCCUGCUGGUCAUCCCAGUGGACUCGUUCGGUAAGAGGGACGGACGUGCUGUAGAGAAACAUGUGGGGGUUCUCGGGGAUGUGGUGUGGUCCCGCACUCUGGUGCUCUUCACCUGGGGAGACGAGUUGAGAGGCAGGAGCAUUGAAAAGCACAUUCAGAAGAAGGGUGAGCCUCUACAGGGGAUCUUGAGGAGGUGUGGACUUAGAUACCAUGUGGUGAACAAUAAAUGUCUAGAGGACUACACUCAGGUCACUGAGCUGCUAAACAUUUUAAAACAAAUGUGUGACAGCACUGGAUGAACAGAGAAAGGACUUGUGUAAUAUACCUCUCUUGGACGUUUCAUGGACGUCUUUUUUAUGUAGUGUGAUCAUAUUUCGCAGUGCAGGACUCUACUGAAUUACCCAUUCCUAAAAAAGCACUUAUUUUACUCUUUGAGAUAUCACUAAAACGUUAAGAAAAAUGUACUUACUUAAAAUAUCCCCUUUGAUGUCCAUGUUUUUAUCUUGCUAAAGUUCUCCUUGGUGCCCUAUAUCGACACUGAUGAUGCUCCAGUUCCCGCCUUUUUACGAAAUGGAAAUGUGAUUGGAUCAAAGUUUUGCGUGUCAAAAUAUUCGACGUCAUGAUUGGCUACCGUUCAUUAGGUCUUCACGUGUCAGAGCAGAGGCCCGAGACAUGGCGUUCAACAACAGGAGAAAUUUGAGGUAAGAUAAAAUAUGGAACAAAAUGGGGUUUCAUUGCGAGUCUGGGCACGAAAAGAGAACUGAAUUUGAAAUAUGGGCUUUCCCGAGAAAUAAUACAUAUGAUAUAUGAUACAGACUUAGAGUGAGGAAUAUUAUAACGUUGCCACACACAUGCCAAUAUCAUCUAUGAUAGUAUCGUCAUGUCUUGGCUGAAAGUAUAUUAACGUGAGUCAUAUUUGUUUAACUUGUGUAGGUCUUAUGAACGUACUGUGUGAUUGGUUUAUUCAAAAGUAGAAGUGUGUAGUGUCUUCAUAUGAUGUUACUGUAUUUCAUUUAAGUAUUAUUUUUUGUAACUUUUCAGUUAGGAAGAAUCAUGUAUCUCUUACCUAUGCAGUAGGGGUGCAUUCACGUCUGUUAUUAUUUUAUAUCUCAUUUCUUUAAUAAACACUUUGUUCAUCUUGA